AUGUACCGAGGCUGCAACGGGUUUCGGAGCAGUCCUGGCCAGCUCAGGGACCAUUUCAAGGUACUCAAGACUCUAGUAUUUCACUGGGCCGGUCAGUUCGGGCGGGAGGACCUGACGGCCCUGUCGCCCGAUCAGAAACGCGCGAUUAUUACCAGCCUGGACGGGCAGUGUGUCCAAGAGGACUGGGAUCAUCUUUAUGCCCGCCUCCCCACUGGCGCCCAGUUGUUUACAGGACAUGUUCUCGGCGAGUCGAUGAUCUUCAAGCACAUCUUCGCCAGGCUGAUCGACCGUCCGUUCUGGUCUCUGGACGCGAGGAGCGACGCGGCGGAUCAGGGCGGAGAUGCGGACUUCUACAAGCGUCUCGAGUAUCUCUACGAGCGGUUCUACAUCGGGAGCCCCCGGGAUGCGGCCUGGUGGAAGUCGCACACCGUCGCCCUCUGCAAUCUCUCCCGGUACUCAUGCAUGAACCUCCGGGCCAACGAGCUGGGCAAUGCCACCCACAAACACAACGCGGCACUGGUGGACGCCCUCACGGACGAGCUCCUGGGGCGCGAGGUCUUCCAGCUGGUGCUCGAGGGGGUGACGGACCCCGACGUGGAGAGGGCGCGCCGCAGCUCCCUAAGCCACAUCAUGCAGCUUGCAGCGAAAGCCAGCCUCAUGGCCCUGGGCGGGAUGAACGCAAACCUGCGGGUGGACCGGCUGCCGGAGCUUUCGACGUUCAAUCCGGCGUCGGGUGCGGUCAAACCCCAUGUGCACCAUUUCAGCUUUACGCCGGACGCCCCCCUCACCGCGCCUGUCAAGGGGGGCCAGGUCCUCCUCCUCGUGUCACCGGGGCUCUGCAUCACGGACACACCGGCGCGAGGUAUGGGGCCCAGUGUCCCCGAGCAGGUCCUCCGGGCGGAGGUGUUUACCGAGCACCGGGAAACUGACUCCACGAGCGACCAGGAGUCCGACUCAGAGUACGAGGAUAAGGAUAUGGCGCGUUCGGAAAUAGAGCACGGGAUUCUGGCGCGUGACGGGGAGUGGCAGGUCAAGUCAGGGAGUGUGCUGCUGUAG